AUGUACUUGGGACCCGGGGAGGGCACCGUGAUGCGGGAUGCCAUCCAAGCGGCACACAAAUGGGUCCAUGAACUGCUCCCUCCUGAUCUCGUCAUUCGACAUCGAUGGAGCGACAACUUCGAGGUACAUGCGCACAUGCUGUGCUACCAGUCCCCCUAUCUCUUCCGCAGAUGCAAGCCCUAUCUGGAACCUGACCCGAUCAUUGCUAACACGGGACUGCUCCCAGUUCUCAACAUCCCAGACCCCGUCCACCCGAAACACAUGGAACAGAUCGUCAACUUCUUGUACACGGGAAGCUACUCUGUCGCAGAACACGACGUCCUCUGUCAAAAGUUCCUCGGAGGUCCACUUUUGACUUGCUGGCCCUGCUACAACCACGCCCGUCUCCUGGCCUUCCAUCUAGGCAUGAUCCGCUCAGCUAUGUUUCUAGGCCUCGAAGAUCUGCGAUAUAUGGCGCAGGAGAAAUUCUGUCUUGCAAUUGAAGGUGCCUCCCUCCCUGUUCUCCAGAGAAUUGUGCUUGAGGUUUAUUCGAUGAAAGCUUACACAACGGGAAGCAAGAAGCCGUGCUCGUGGAAUCAGCUGCCAGUUGAUGAUUUCCGGUCAUCUCUGGUUGUCCCCACUGUCUUGAGGUAUAUCGAAAAUCGCGGACAGAAACUGGGUGAAGAGCAGUUCAGGACUCUUCGUGUUCAGUUCCCGCAGUUUGCUUCUGACUUGGAGCUGGCCUCGGCGCUAACUGUCCCUGAUCUGGCGGCUAACCUGGCGUCAACAGGCGAUGCGGGCGUGGCGAACAGGAAUUUGAUUGGUUUUUCGAUUUUCACUUGUUUCAUCGUGCUGUGGCUGAACUUGAAAUAA